AUGUCGGAAUCUCUUGCCUGGAUUUUCUCUCUGUUUAGAGGGCGGCUUAAGACGCCGGCAAUUGCGACAGACGCUGAUCGCGCUAACGUAGCAGAGGACGGGGCCCCCUUAAGGGAGGCUCAAGAGCUCGCCAACGAAAUCAGGGGAGAGAAGCAGACGGCCAUGGCCCUGUUCGGGCUCUCGGCUGUUCUUCUGGCGACCAUUAUUACAGCGUCGCUUAAUCAUCCCUCGCACCAGACCAUCUUACGGCGUUGCCUCGUCCUGCUGUUUUUCUGUAGUUUCAACCUCAGCCUGCUCGCAUACCUGUUGGCGGCCUGCUCCGAGAAGUCGCCGGGCAUCGCCAGGUGGGCCAGUAACCUCAACUGCGGCAGCAUCAUUGCCAUCGCCCUCUGCUUGCCGGUGUGGGUCAUAGGGCAACUCUCUGUACGGUGA